AUGAGCACUAGAGAUACUCGUAGAAGGGGUACGCGAGGCCGUGGUAAAGGCAGAGGGAGUACUAGGGCUGGGUCUUCAGCUUCGGGUCACAUGCCUGCUAGGGAGACACCGGCUUCACCGGUUCUCGAAAGGGUUGCUGGAGUGAGUACAGGGUCAGUAGCCCAGGGGUCAAUUUUUGAGCGACUCCGAUCCAAUGGGGCGGAGAUCUUUAGGGGUGUUUCUGGAGUAGCCCCGAAUGUGGCAAAAUAUCGGCUAGAGGCUACAGACUGGAUUAUGGAUGAUCUUGACUAUACUGUGGAACAGAAACUGAAAGGGGCAAUGUCGUUACUGCGAGACGAGGCUUAUCAAUGGUGGCUCACUAUGAGGGAAGGUACGCAAGCUGACCGUCUGACAUGUGAUUUCUUCAAAGUGUCCUUCCAAGGGAAGUAUGUGGGUACAAGUUAUGUGGACGCCCGAAGGAAGGAAUUUCUGAACCUGACCCAAGGGAACAAGACUGUGGCGGCUUAUGAGGCAAAGUUUCUGCAGUUGAGUCAUUAUGCUCGUGGGAUAGUAGCUACUGAGUAUGAACAUUGUGUGGGGUUCGAAGAUGGACUUCGGGAUGAAUUGAGAAUUUGA